AUGAAGAGUUUAAGGAGGGACUUUUCCUCCAACCCACAAGCUGCUAAUGUCACCAGCAAAGUCUUCGUGAGGUCCACAAAAAGUGGAAAAGUGCAAAAGAUUGUCCGCGAGCUCUAUCUGCGGCAAGAUAUUCCUUGCUCGUCGAAGCUCUGCUCACUAUGCCCUUCGAUCGCUCCAGCAGAUGCAAACGGGAACAUUACACCGUUCAUCCUCUCCGAUCGCCCCGCCGGUACCAAGGCGUUCCCUCGCGGCCACUACCUCGUUCCCGACACAAAUGCGCUAUUAAACGGAAUGGAUCUCUUCGAGCACACUGGUGCAUUUUAUGAUGUGAUCAUUUUGCAGACCGUCCUCGAAGAGCUCCGGAACCAGUCACUCCCUCUUUACAACCGCCUCCUCUCUCUUAUCAAGACUGAUGAAAAGCGCUUCUAUCUGUUCUUCAAUGAAUUCCGCCUAGAGACCCACGUGCGCCGAGAGCCCGAUGAGUCGAUCAAUGACCGCAACGACCGAGCUGUGCGAACCGUGGCAAGCUGGUAUGGCGAGCAUCUACGGGCGUCCUCGAAGAAAGGCAAAAAAGAAAAGUCAGUUCCUGCGAUAGUGGUUAUUACAGACGACAAGGAAAACCUUCGGAAAGCUAAAGCUGAAAAUGUGACCGCUUUGUCGCUGUCUGAUUACGUCACCGGUUUGGAGGACUCUGAGAAGCUGCUGGAUAUGAUCAGUGAAGCUCGGGAAGCACGAGAUACGAAGGGCUCAGCUCGUGGGCAGCUAUUCUACCCCGAAUAUUACUCCAUGUCGAAGCUCCAGACUGGUCUCCGAGCAGGAACUCUGCACCAAGGAGUCUUCAAUGUCUCGCCUUACAACUACCUAGAAGGUUCUGUCAACGUUCCGGCCUUUGACAAGCCGCUCAUUAUCUUGGGACGUGACAACAGCAACCGCGCGAUCGCAGGCGAUUCUGUUGUGAUCGAAGUGCUGCCCCAGGAUCAGUGGAAGUCUCCGUCGACAAAACUGGUAGAUGAAGAGGCGGUGACCCGGAAUGAUAACCCUGAUACUGACGAUACCGAAGCUGUCGUGACGGAUCGGGAGCGCAAGGCUCUCCAGGAGGAGGUCAAGAAGGCCCACGGAAAGAACUCCGAAGGAAAGCCGCAGCCCACUGCCAAGGUCGUGGGUGUGAUUAAACGCAAUUGGCGCCAGUAUGUGGGACACGUGGAUUCCGGCUCUACUGGCUCACAAGCCGCUUCUGGUCGCCGGCAGCAGACUGUGUUUGUAUUGCCCAUGGACAAGAAGGUUCCCAAGAUUCGAGUCCGUACUCGACAGGCCGGAGAUCUGGUUGGUCACCGUAUCCUUGUGACCAUCGAUGCCUGGGACAGGGAUUCACGCUACCCCUCAGGUCACUUUAUCCGCUCUCUGGGAGAGCUCGAGACAAAGGGUGCCGAAACAGAAGCGCUUCUUCUGGAGUACGAUGUUCAGUACAAACCGUUCCCCAAGAAUGUUUUGGACUGUCUGCCAUCAGAGGGGCAUGGCUGGACUGUACCUGCCUCAAAGGAAGAUAAGGGUUGGAACGGCCGACGUGAUCUGCGUGAUCUGCUCAUUUGCAGUAUCGAUCCCCCAGGUUGUCAGGAUAUUGACGAUGCUCUUCAUGCACGCCCCCUGCCAAAUGGCAACUUUGAAGUCGGUGUCCAUAUUGCCGACGUGUCACACUUUGUCAAGCCUAAUAACCCAAUGGACCUUGAAGCCAGUGUCCGUGGAAGCACCGUGUACUUGGUUGACAAGCGUAUUGAUAUGCUUCCACACCUUCUGGGAACAGAUUUAUGUUCACUCAAGCCCUAUGUCGAACGUUACGCCUUCUCCGUUAUUUGGGAAGUCACUCCGAAUGCAGAGAUCAUCUCUUCGGACUUCACAAAGUCCGUUAUUCGUUCCCGCGAAGCAUUCAGUUAUGAACAAGCCCAGCUGCGCAUUGACGAUGCUUCCCAAACCGACGAACUUACUGAGAGCAUGCGGAAUCUCCUGAAAUUCUCCAAGAUCCUGCGCCAGAAGCGUUACGAUGCCGGUGCCCUCAACCUUGCUUCACCCGAAGUUCGCAUUGAGGCUGAUGCCGAUGAAGUCGGUGAUCCCUUGGCGGACGUCAAAACCAAAUCUAUGCUUGCAACCAACAGCCUGGUUGAAGAGUUCAUGCUUCUCGCCAACAUCACAGUUGCCUCCAAGAUUUACGCUUCGUUCUCUCAAACCGCUUUGCUGCGACGACACGCCACGCCCCCACCGCAGAACUUCGAAGAUCUCAUAAAUCAACUCUCGAAGAAACGCAAUAUGGAACUCGACGUUUCCAGCUCAGGAGCCCUUGCCAACUCUCUGGACCGUUGCGUCGACUCCGAGAACCCUUUCUUUAACACUCUCGUCCGUAUCUUGGCGACUCGAUGCAUGACUUCUGCAGAAUAUUUCUGUGCCGGAGCCCACGCCGAAUCCGAGUUCCGCCAUUACGGUCUUGCCUCCCCUAUCUACACCCACUUCACCUCACCCAUCCGUCGAUACGCUGAUCUACUCGUCCACCGACAGCUGGCUUCCGCCAUUGGCUACGAAGGUGAGGAUGGCCACGCCGGACUGGAGGGCGUCGCCACACGCGGCAAGCUGGAUGAUAUCUGCCGCAACAUCAACUACCGUCACCGUAACGCGCAGUUCGCUGGCCGCGCUAGUAUCGAGUACUACGUUGGCCAGGCGCUCAAGGCGCGUGGAGAGAAGAUGGCCGUUGAUGGUACCGAUAAGGGUGUCGAUGAAGAGGGAUACGUGAUGCGCGUUUUUGAAAACGGUGUCGUCGUCUUUGUUCCUCGGUUCGGUAUCGAGGGUGUGGUUCGAUUGGAGGACUUUGUGCUGCCCGGAGAGUCUAGUGGCUGGAAUGUGACCGAGAGACGGGAGCUCGCGGCGCAUCGUAUCACCGACUUUGACCCUGAGGAAUACACCCUUCGUGUGCAGGAGAAGGGCCACUCGGAGAAGGAGCGGGGUGUGCUUGUUGAGCUCUUCCAGAGAGUUCACGUGAAUGUCAGCUCGGUUAAAGAAGAAGGUCGCGGUGCUGGCAAGCGAAGAGUCCGUGUUCUGAUCACUGGUGCAUCGGAUAAAAAAUAA